AAUCAGUGCCAUGUAUUAUCCCAAAUCUGUCAGUGUAAAUCAUCAAUAUACGGUCAUACUACUAUCACAAGAUCCGUCCUUGAAUACCUGACCUUUUUUGCUCUCUCUACAUAAAGGAAUAAAAGAUUCAUUAACCUUAACCUGUACACUUUCCCCUGUAAUAUUCCUUUUUUUCCCUUAAACAUUGAAUUUUCUGCCAUUUUCUUCUUCAAUGGAGUCUCUUUUUCUGCAAUCUUUUCAUAUGAAUGGUUUAAGUCGGUCUAAACUUAAUUUUGGAAGCAACCCAUUACAGAUUAGAGGAAAUAAACAAGUGGGUAUUUCUUGUUUGUGGAGGCAGAGGAGUAGAACAUGGUCUAAUUUUUCAAUUAAAUGUCAGACAUUUAGUGAUGGAAAUGAAGGUAGGGUUUCAAGUUCUACUGAUGGGUCUUUAGUUAUUGAAUCACAAAGAGGAGGAGAUGAAGAGAAGAAGGGUAGUUUAUUGGGUCCUGUUAAAGAUGCUUCUGGUUCCAUUGUUGGGUUUGAGUUAUUUUCUCAUUCUGCAGACACAAAUGAUAGUAACUCACAAGCUAGCGGAACCCUUGAUCCGGAUAAACGAGAUGGGGACCCGGAAGUGCAGGAAGAAGAUGUUGAAGAAGACGAAUGGGGGAUUAGGAAAUCCAUUGUUAGUAACUCAAAUGGUAAUCGAACCUUGGACUUGGAUAAGCAAGAGAAGAAGCAGGAAGAAGAUUUUGAAGAACAUGAAAGACGAGUUAGGGAGGCAAUUGACCAUGAAGGAGAGGAGGAGUCCUCUGCCGGAGUACCUUCCAGUGCCAUCCUUGAACAAGUAGGUAAUGAGGAUGAGGUUGAAGAACUUCACGAAGAAACAGUUUUUGAGGGACAGGAGAAACUCCUUACGAAAAAGAAGAUGAACAUCGUCUUUGUUACUUCAGAAGCAGCUCCGUAUUCCAAGACAGGAGGUUUAGGAGAUGUUUGUGGUUCUUUACCUAUAUCUCUAGCUGAACUUGGGCAUCGCGUUAUGGUAGUUGCCCCUCGAUAUAUACAUGGUACUGCCGCGGAUAAAGUUUAUGCUGGUGCAUUUGAUGCUAACUGUCGCAUCAAGGUCAAUUGCUUUGGAGGGCCACAAGAAGUCGCAUUUUUCCACGAAUAUAAAAAUGGUGUUGAUUGGGUUUUCGUUGAUCAUCUUUCGUAUCAUCGACCUGGAAAUCCUUAUGGUGACAGCUAUGGUGCUUUUGGAGACAAUCAGUUCCGGUUCACCUUGCUUUGUCACGCUGCAUGUGAAGCUCCUCUCGUCCUUCCGUUAGGAGGGUACACCUAUGGGGAUAAAUGCAUGUUCGUAGUCAACGACUGGCAUGCAGGCCUUGUACCGGUACUUCUUGCAGCUAAUUACCGUCCAUAUGGAGUUUACAAGGAUGCACGUAGUGUACUUGUUAUACACAACUUGUCUCAUCAAGGUGUGGAGCCUGCUUUAACAUAUGAAAAUUUAGGACUACCUCCACAGUGGUAUGGAGCACUAGAAUGGGUAUUUCCUGAGUGGGCCAGAGCACAUGCACUUGACAAAGGUGAAGCAGUCAAUAUUUUGAAGGGAGCCAUUGUGACUUCCGAUAGAAUACUUACAGUCAGCCAGGGCUAUUCAUGGGAAAUUACAACUGUGGAGGGCGGCUAUGGUUUGCAUGAAUUACUAAGCAGCAGGAAGUUCGUAUUAAAUGGGAUUAUUAAUGGCAUCAACGUCAAUGAAUGGGAUCCAUCUAAUGAUCCACUUAUUGCUGCCCCUUACUCUAUCGAUGAUCUCUCCGGAAAGGCGGAAUGCAAGGCGGCUCUACAGAAGGAGCUUGGUCUUCCUAUCAAGCCUGAUUGCCCAUUGAUUGGCUUUAUUGGGAGACUAGACUAUCAGAAAGGUAUUGAUGUAAUUCAGGAAGCGUUUCCACAGCUUAUGGAGGAUGAUGUGCAAUUUGUUAUGUUAGGGUCAGGGGAUUCCAGGUAUGAGAGUUGGAUGAGAGCAGCUGAGGGUGCAUGCAAAGACAAGUUUCGAGGCUGGGUUGGAUUUAGUAUCCCGAUUUCUCAUCGAAUCACUGCAGGGUGUGAUAUCCUUUUGAUGCCUUCACGAUUUGAACCUUGUGGACUAAAUCAGCUCUAUGCAAUGAGAUAUGGAACUAUACCAAUAGUUCACAACACGGGAGGACUUCGGGAUACUGUUGAAACCUACAAUCCUUUUGCGGUUGGACCAGACGGUACUGGUACCGGCACAGGUUGGGCGUUUUCUCCGUUGACUAAGAAGAGUAUGUUGGCGGCCCUGAGCAAUGCAGUGAGAACAUACAGGGAUUACAAGGAAUCAUGGGCAGGGUUAAUGAAGAGAGGAAUGCAACAAGAUUUCACAUGGGAUACCGCUGCUGCUCAGUACGAGCAGGUGUUCGAAUGGGCACUCAUUGAUCCUCCAUAUUGCUAACAUGAAACCGCAGGCAUUCGAGUCAACCCGUCAUAGAAAGUAAUAAGAACGAGCAAGAGUUGAUGAACAUAAGAAGCUUGCAUAGUUGCAUGCUGAAGAGAAGAAAUGCAGAAUUUAGGCUGUAAAAUCAGCCUUCUUUCUAUGUAUCAUUUUUGUAGGUUGGUUAUUUGUGUCUUGCACAUAUAAGCAGAGUCGUAAUACGUACCUACGGGACGUUUGGUUAAUCGUAUGAAAUGCUGGAGAAGAGAAUAAGUUAUAGUCUUGAUUUGUAUAAAAUAUGUUAUGUUGUCAUGUUCAUGUUAAUGAAACUAGUAUCUUAAAA